AUGUAUAUCACAGAGGAACAAAGAGCUGCCCACAAAGAGGGCGUUGUUUUCAAGAAGACACGCGUUGAUCUUCUUCAGUUGAUGCUGAAUGCUCACAAUGACCCCGAGGUUGAUCAGGAAGACACGCCCUCUUCAGACAAAGCCAAGGGAAAGGGCGUGGUCCAACGCAAGCUCCUGUCGACAGAGGAUGUCAUGGCGCAGUCGCUCACGUUUUUCCUGGCUGGUUACGAGACCACCAACACGCUGCUGGGCUUCACCGCCUACCUGCUGGCUACCAACCAAGACACGCAAGAGAAACUGCACGCUGAGAUUGACAACCUCGCUCCCACACGUGACAACCUCGGUUAUGACGUCAUCAGCAAGAUGGAGUACCUGGACAUGGUGAUCAAUGAAUCACUGCGCAUGUAUCCCCCAGCAGUCAUGUUCAGCCCUGAGAACAAGGCCUCCAUCAAACCGUGCACCUUCAUGCCGUUCGGCCUCGGUCCUCGUAACUGCAUCGGUAUGCGCUUUGCCUUGCUGGAAGCCAAGAUGGCGCUGGUCCGUGUGAUGCAGCAGUAUCGCUUCGAUGUGUGCUCAGAAACCGAGAUCCCACCAACUGUUGGCAAGGCAGGUCUCAUGUCACCCAAGAAUAUAAAUCUGAAGGCCAUUCCAAGGAACUAACCAUCCAACUC